UGGCACGUGUGGAACGGAUAGAAACAGAUAAGGUCUUCUCCAUUACAGUUUUACAAUUCUUCUUACAUUUUGAAGUGUUGCCAUGUCUCCUACCCACUGAAGCGCAACCCCUAUUCCCAUCUUCCUAAUAAUGGCUUCUCAAGUUCUUCUUCAGCAGGCACUGUUUGCGCCUAAGCUCACUUUUCCUUCCUCUUCCCCUCGUAACGUUGCGUUAAUUUCUAGGGUUUCUUCGACUCCAAUUUCAUGGCGUUGCACUCCUCUUACUGCUAAGUCUAGUUUCGUCGUGAGAGCUGAUUCCAACCUCGAAGGCGGUGGUGAAGCCAUCGAAGAUGUUCCUUCGGAUAAUGUUGAUGACGUUUCGGAAGGCGAAACAGAACAGCUUUCGGAUUCUGAAGCUCCGAAAUUGCCCCGAAAAGCCAGAGUCAAGCUUGGAGACGUUAUGGGGAUAUUAAAUCAGAGGGCAAUUGAGGCAUCGGAGAAGGAAAGACCUACGCCAGACAUUAGGACUGGGGAUAUUGUCGAAAUCAAAUUGGAGGUUCCUGAGAACAAGCGUAGGCUGUCCAUUUAUAAGGGGAUUGUCAUCUCAAAACAAAAUGCUGGUAUUCACACAACUAUUCGAAUCCGAAGAAUCAUUGCCGGCACUGGGGUUGAGAUAGUCUUCCCAAUUUACUCACCGAACAUAAAAGAAAUCAAAGUGGUAAGCCAUCGUAAAGUCAGGAGGGCAAGAUUGUACUAUCUGAGAGACAAGCUUCCGAGAUUCUCCACUUUCAAAUGAUACGUAGAUACCCCACUUUUCCCUACGUUAAUCUUCGAAGUAAUCUACUGAUCCAUGAUAAGUGUUGCGGGGCUUUAAUGCUAUUAUUUCAAUUUGUUCUGUUGUAGAAUAUAUCAUUUUUCUUCCCCUGACAUCCUAUCUUCCCUGAAAUCGAAACAAGUGUACUGCUGAACCUUGAUAGCUCCGAGAAAUUUGAAGUGUUUCUUCUGCGUCA